GACCCCCCUGAGCGUUAGGAGCGGCCCUGCCGGAGGGCAUCGGGUCCUCUGGGGCUUCAGAUCCACUCUGGAGGCCACUGCAGGCGGAUCCACCGCCCGGAGAACCCGACACCAGAGCGCCCCGUCCCGCUGCUCCCUGCCCGGCUCCGGCUCCCUGUCUGCGGCCUCCUCCUCCUCAUGGAGGAGAACCGGGAGGAGCCGGAGAGCUUCGAGGUUUCUGUCCAGCAGCUCAACGACCUGCUGACGGACCACAGAGGCUUGUUCACCCGGCCCAGCACCGACUGUGACCCGGUCCACCCCGGGAUCUGCGUCGAUAACGAGUCAGUGGCGUGGAACGUGACGCGGCUGAAGCGUCUGGGCGUCACCCACAUCCUGAACGCGGCGGAGGGGAACUCCUUCAUGCACGUCAACACCAACGCAGAGUUCUACGCCGGCACCGGCUUCAUCUACCACGGGAUCCCGGCCAGCGACUUCGACCACUUCGACAUCAGCGUUUACUUCGAGGAGGCGGCAGAGUUCAUCGGGCAGGCGCUUGAGUACAACCAUGGGAAAGGCAAAGUGUACGUUCACUGCAGGGAAGGCUACAGCCGCUCGCCCACCUUGGUCAUAGCCUUCCUGAUGCUUCGUCAGAACAUGGACGUCCACACGGCCGUGGCCACGGUGCGGAGGAAGAGAGAGAUCGGACCCAACGACGGCUUCCUGCUGCAGCUCUGUCGACUGAACCGGAGGCUGACCGCCCAGCAGGGGUCCUGGGACCAGUGAGGAGAGAGGGAACCAGCUCUCACUCACACACAUCACCUCCUGCUUGAACCGGCUGCAGAUGUGUGUUCUGGAAGUGAGGGCAGGGGACAACGAUGAAGACGCAGGGGACAACGAUGAAGACGCAGGGGACAACGAUGAAGACGCAGGGGACAACGAUGAAGACGCAGGGGACAACGAUGAAGACGCAGGGGACAACGAUGAAGACGCAGGGGACACCAUGGGCUGAUCGUACUUUCUUAAAAGUGCUUCAGUGAAACGUCUUUUUAUAAAACUCCUGCUGUUAGUUGACGGGACAAAGUCAAAGUCAAAGUAAACUUAUAAUAAGUUUCUCUUCUGUGGUAGUUUGGUUCAGUCGACACAUUUUGCACAGUGUGUGUUUGCAGGUUUAUAUUGUAAAGCUUUGAACUGUUGUUAAUGUUAAUCUGCAGGCUGUGUACUUGUACUGUGCUUUGUACACAAUGUGUAUAACUCAGGCUGUGACUUGUUGUGAUGUCUUCAGUCAUGUGAGAACCUCAGGAACUGCUGAUUGUUGUUCUCGUGUUUUCACACAUUCACUAAUAAACGUCUGAGAGUUUCUUGUAAAAUAUGAUUGAGGUGAUGUUCCACACAAUCUGAAACAUCUGUCACAUCUGUUACUGAACCUUUAACACCUGGUUGGACUGAGCAGUACCGACUUUGUCCUGUAGAGGGGGCAGUAGGACCACUGAAGCCGCUGCGAGGUUAAGAUCAGUGAACUAAAGUUAAAGUUUGAGACAUAAAAUACUGAAUAAUAAAGAUGAUUAUGCACAAAACUGAAGUUUACUGUUUAUUAUAACUUAACCUGAGAAGCCUCUCUAGUUGAUGAGCUGUGUGU